CAUUUGAAAUAUGUAGGUUGAAUCCUGUUGAAGGUCAAAUUAGAUUAGAUGACGAAAAAGCUUUACCCUGUUUGGACGUGAAUCGAUUUCUUCGAAUCUGUAAAGGGAAGUCUAAUUAAUUUUUGGAAUCAGCCAAACUACGCGUUAAUCUGUUUUUAUGGGUGUAUAUAUUGUUCCACCGACGUCCUUGCUACGUCUCCACGGUCUCUGAAGAAACUGUUAAGGGUUGAUAAAGGAUAAGCAAGGGCAUCUCACUAUGAAGGCACUUAUUCUCGUUGGAGGGUUUGGAACUCGGUUGAGGCCAUUGACACUGAGUGUCCCAAAGCCACUUGUUGAUUUUGCUAACAAACCCAUGAUCCUGCAUCAGAUUGAGGCUCUCAAGGCUAUUGGAGUGACUGAAGUGGUUCUGGCUAUCAAUUACCAACCGGAGGUGAUGCUGAACUUUUUAAAGGAAUUUGAGACAAAGGUUGGGAUCAAGAUCACGUGUUCACAAGAGACUGAACCACUCGGUACUGCAGGCCCUUUGGCUCUGGCCAGGGACAAAUUGAUAGAUGAUUCUGGUCAGCCAUUUUUUGUUCUUAACAGUGAUGUUAUCAGUGAGUACCCCCUUAAAGAAAUGAUUGACUUCCAUAAAUCCCAUGGAGGCGAGGCUUCCAUAAUGGUAACCAAGGUGGAUGAACCAUCAAAAUACGGUGUGGUUGUUAUGGAAGAAUCAACGGGGGAAGUUGAGAAAUUCGUAGAAAAGCCAAAAUUAUUUGUGGGUAACAAGAUCAAUGCUGGGAUUUACCUGCUGAAUCCAUCUGUUCUUGAUCGAAUUGAAUUGAGGCCCACUUCAAUUGAGAAGGAAGUAUUUCCAAAAAUUGCAGCAGAGAAAAAGCUUUAUGGUAUGGUUCUACCAGGGUUUUGGAUGGACAUUGGACAACCAAGGGAUUACAUCUCCGGCCUGAGACUCUACCUGGACUCCUUGAGAAAGAAGUCUUCGUCUAAAUUGGCUACCGGACUCCAUAUUCUAGGAAAUGUUCUCGUGGAUGAGAGUGCCAAAAUUGGGGAAGGAUGUUUGAUUGGUCCUGAUGUUGCAAUAGGCCCAGGAUGUGUGGUAGAGUCAGGAGUUAGACUCUCCCGUUGCACAGUAAUGCGCGGAGUCCGCAUCAAGAAACAUGCAUGCGUUUCUGGUAGCAUCAUAGGUUGGCACUCCACUGUGGGGCAGUGGGCUCGCGUAGAGAACAUGACCAUUCUCGGAGAAGAUGUUCAUCUCUGUGAUGAAAUAUACAGCAAUGGAGGUGUUGUUCUACCCCACAAGGAGAUCAAAUCCAACAUUUUGAAGCCCGAGAUAGUAAUGUGAAGGUAUGGUGUCACAAUAUCCACAGCAGGUGGUAAGUUAUUGCGUUUGAAUUCGGGAUGUGAUUGUCUUCACCUCUCUGUCUCUCUUUUUUGUGUUUUUUUUAGUUUUUCCUCUUUUACAAGUGUGAAAAUCAGUCUCGGGAACUUCCUAAAUGAUGUGUGCUAGUGUGAGAUGUGUAAUCUUUAGUGUAUAUAGAAUAAAAUUAUCAUUCGGUUUUCUCUUUGGUUUCGUGUAAUUGUCGAAGAUGAAUUUUUUUUCUUUGUAAUUUCAAAAUUAACAACUUUUAAGUGGAUGGAUGGUGUUUUGAUUUCAAUGUCAUUCUGAGUUGGGACUG